UUCAGAGCUGAACAAAUCUAUCCAGAUUCCAGUAACCGGUGACCUUAUUGAGAUUGCAUAAUUGUUAUUAAGUUAUUAUUUAACAAGAAUUGAACUUAUUAUCAUUUUCUCUAAAUUGUAUUAUCUUUAAUAAUAUUUAGAAAUCAUAUUAGCGAGGAAAAUGUUCGCGACUCGCAGAAUCGGCUCUCUGAUUCGGAAUGUCGGCGCAUCUCGUCUGAAGCAUACUCUUCCGGAUUUACCGUAUGAGUACAGCGCGUUGGAGCCUGUGAUCAGUCGAGAGAUUAUGAGUUUGCAUCACUCCAAGCAUCAUGCAACUUAUGUAAACAAUUUGAAUGCAGCUGAAGAAAAACUUGCUGCUGCCCAGUCGAAAGGAGACAUACAGACCGUGAUCAACCUGGCACCUGCCUUGAAAUUCAAUGGAGGUGGUCACAUCAAUCACACUAUUUUCUGGCAGAACCUUUCCCCGAAAGGGGGUAAACCAUCUGCCGAUCUCACCAAAGCCAUUGAAAAUGAUUUUGGUUCAAUGGAGAAUAUGAAGAACCAGCUCGCAGCAGCAUCUGUGGCUGUGCAAGGUUCAGGCUGGGGUUGGCUUGGUUACAAUAAACUCAUGAAGAAGUUACAGAUUGCUACAUGCCAGAAUCAAGAUCCUUUGGAACCCACAACUGGUAUCGUUCCGCUAUUCGGUAUCGAUGUGUGGGAACACGCCUACUACUUACAAUAUAAGAAUGUAAGAGCUGAUUAUGUCAAAGCUAUCUUCGACAUUGCCAAUUGGGAGGACAUCUCAUUCAGAUACAAGAAUGCCUCUAAUUAAAUAUUGUUUUUUUUUUGUUUAUGUAACCGCAAAAGCUAUUGAAACUAGUUGCACUACCUUUAGGUGUAGUUGGCCGAGUGAUGGAGAUGCCUUAAGUUAAAUAUAUCAAUAAUACAUUAUAAA